GGAGGAGAGACCGAGACUGAGGAGCGAGGCAGACAUCUGCAGAUAGAGAUGUCAGGCGUUGUGUUGUCUCUGUGUGUGCUAGUGGUCUUUGUGCUGCUGUGUGAGCUGAGCAGGAGAAUCUUAACCAAGCUACUAGCUCCCAGGGGGCUGUGUCUGUCUGCUGUUUACGCUGUGGAGUUGGUCUCUACGCUGCAGCUGUGUAUCUGCAACCUAGAGCUGCGUCUGGUGGGGGAGGUGGGCCGGCUGCAGCCUCAGUUCUGUCUCAGCCUCACAUACCUGGCAUCUGUGGUCCAUGGCCUCACCUUCCAUGGAGCCCUGGGGAACCCCUGUAGCACGCUGGAACACACCUACCGGGGACGCCUCACUGCCAGGUUCUAUUCUAUUCUAUUGUAUUCUAUUGUUGUCUCUAUGUAAUGGAUACAUUAUCUAUUAUAUUGUUGAUUCUAUGUAAUGGAUACCUAUUUUAGUCUAUUCUGUAUAAUGAUUAGUAUUGCCUUCUUUUUUAUAUGGAUGAAUAAUCUAUUCUAUUCUAUGUAAAAUGUAUAUUAUAUUGUAUUCUAUGGGUACAUAUUCUAUUCUAUGUAUAAUGACAUUCUAUUGUAUUCUAUUGCUGUCUUUCUAUAUUGGAUAUGUAUUAUAUGGAUAAUGGAUACAUAUUCUAUUCUAUUCUAUUUAGGAGCGGCGUGCUGAGGAUGGUGUGCCAGUUCAUGGCAGCUAGCGUGGCUCGUACCAUGCUACAGGGGCUGUGGGCCCUUGGUCUCUCUGACCUGCACCUGAGACACACACUCCAGGGCUUCCAAUGCAUUAGCCCCAUCCACACAGACACACACACCAGCCUGGUGCUCCCCGGCCCUCUGGUCACCGCUGCAGCCGUGGAGCUGGCAGGGGCCUUUUCCAUGCAGACCGCCUUCACACACACACACACUAUGGACCAGAGGUACCGGGUACAUGCCAUAGCAGCACUCACCGCGACCCUGACCUACGCAGGUGGGUUACCGUGUUUAACCCUGUGUGUGUGUGUGUUAUUGUUGCAGGUGGCAGUGUGAUAGGAGCAGUGUUUAACCCUUUGUGUUUGUGUGUGUGUGUUGCAGGUGGCAAGAUGACGGGGGCUGUGUUUAACCCUGCGUUGGCCCUUUCCACACAGUUCCCCUGCAGUGGACACUCCUUUCUGGAUUACUGCCUGGUCUACUGGCUGGCUCCUCUACUAGGUACUAACACACACACACACACACACACACACACACACACACACACUAUGGGGUCCACUUUCUUUACUUUUUCUGACAUUACUCCCACUCUCCUCCUGCUCUUGUUCGCUCUACGGGACCACCAUCCCAUUCUAGCUCUAUACGCGCUAUCUCUCUAUCUGCUCUCGGCUCUCUCUCUCUCUCUCUCUCUCUCUCUCUCUCUCGCUACGCCUCUCUCUCUCUCUGCUCUCCCUCUCUCUCUCUCUCCUUGUCACUCCUCCAAUUCUUUCUCCUCUUCCCUUUUCUAUUUUUCUGCCUCAUCUCGCUCUCCUCUUCCCAUCCUCUCUCUCUCCUGCAGGUAUGAUGUGUUCGGUCCUGUUGUUUGAUCAGAUGUUGUCUGGUAGAGCUUCUCCCUACCGCCCCCUUCUGGCUAACAAGAGGAAAUGACCCUGGGUCAUAUUCAUUAGUGCACACCGUAGCAAAACUGUUUUGCAACAGAAAACAUUUAACAACAAAAACAAGUUUCUUAUUAGCCAAGUUCAGGUAAUUCCUCCCCUUUUCGGUUAGUUUUCUUCUGUUUGGUGUCUACGGCCCUGGACUCACCAUCCAUCCCUAUGAACUGAAGACCCUGAUGCAUAGUGACCUCUUUAGAACUAUGCACAUUCAAACAAAAAAAGACUGUACAGUGCUGCUUGAAAGUAUGUG